AAAUCGGGAGUAUCAUUGUCAGGUAGAGAACAUUCUGGUUAUAGGACAUAGCUGUUGUGGAGGGAUAAAGGGGCUGAUGUCCAUUCCUGAUGAUGGGACCACUUCCAGUGAUUUUAUCGAGGACUGGGUGAAAAUUUGCUUGCCAGCCAAGGCCAAGAUUAAAUCAACUUGCAGUGGCUUGGAUUUUGCAGAACAAUGCACAAAUUUGGAGAAGGAGGCAGUGAACAUAUCGUUGGGGAACUUGUUGACAUAUCCUUUUGUGAGAGAGGCUGUUGCCAAGAAAACGCUAGCAUUGAGAGGGGGACACUACGACUUCGUUAAGGGCUCUUUUGAGCUUUGGGAUCUUGACUUUAACCUGCUGCCUGCCUUAACAAUAUAAUAAGCUUUGCCGUCCUUCACGUAAAAGAUUGUACUGCCAUAUUAUAUUGUUUUCUUUUCUAUUAUUAGUAGUAUGUACCAUGUAGUGUUGUCAUGAACAAUGGGUAGCUUCUGCUCUCGUGACAAGGAUAAAUGUUUCCUUUUUCCUUUUAUCAUUUUCUAUUGAAUCCAAGUUUAC